ACCACUACAUGUGGCGAUAACUAUUUUAUUACUAAACCCCUUUAUACACAACAUUCAUGUUCUGUGUGUUUAUUUCUAUAUAGUCAAGCAUUCUAAUUAUUUACUCAUAGUUAAAAUUAGUGUUUUGAAACCAUGGAUUCGGCGAACGUCGGCUAUUCUUACCACUUACCAGCUGGAGGGUGGAACUAUAAAAUACGGAAUACUCUGUCGCAAUUCAGUGAUUUGUUUAGUGAAUUUAACAAGUAUAUUGCUCCGGCGUAUCACCAUGAUCGGUGUGAGAGAUCCGUUCCGAUGAGGAUAUACUCGAUGCACAAAGGAGAGUUCGUGAUGGUCUUCAUAGCUUUCUUCGCUUGCUUUGGUCUCGGUGUUUUCAUAGGAUUAGCUGGCCCCUCACCCACAUCCACAACAGCUGUCACCGCUUCGAGUAUCCUAACCAACUCGAGCAACAUCUACAGCGGACCUUUUCAUCUACACAGCCCGUCUUUGGGCACUAAAGUGCAGCAACUUUGGCUGUUAGCUGAGAUUAAUACUAAUAACAAUGACGAAGAAAUUUUCGACAAGAGUUUCCAAAUAAGUAUAUCUAUAGACGGAGUAUUAAGUGAUCAUACGACCUUCAACUUGCUGCCAGAAAGCGAGCUAACCAACAGAACACAACACUUAAAGUGCAAGCAGCAAGUCUGUGAAGAAGUACUAGUUUUACACCUGGGUUCGCUCGAGUACACGCACUAUAUGCUGCACGUUCAUUUCUACGGCCUUCAGGAGUUCCACAAGCGGUAUUUUAUUAAGGAGAUAUUUUUCUACUUUAAAACGUACAACCCGGCCUUCACGCAGAUGGAGACAUGGUUCCGCUUCAUGUUUCUACUCACCACUUUCACUGUCGCCUGUUGGUUCGCGCACUCGCUGAGAAAGUACUCGACACACGACUGGGCGAUCGAGCAGAAGUGGCUGUCGUUGUUGCUGCCAAUGCUGCUACUGUACAAUGACCCGAUCUUCCCCCUCCGUCUAGUCUCCGGCAGCUGUUUCGCGCCGCUACUUGACUCCAUCUUCCAGACAACCUUCCUGGCUUGCGUCAUGUUAUCUUGGCUAGCCCUCUACCAUGGACUUAGACAGAACGAGCGAGGGUUCCUGUCAUUCUACCUAGUGAAGCUGGUGGUGGUGGGCGCGGCGUGGACGCCGGGCGUGGUGCUCGCCGUCUGGCAGAAGUACCGCGGCUACCAGGACCCCACAUACAACUACAUGUUAAACCCCAACUACGAGAUGGUGAAGAUAAUGUUCUUCACUGCGAUCGUCGUUUACUUCUUGUACCUGCUUAUCCUAAUCGUCAAGGCCUACAGUGAUCUUAGGAAUAUGCCUUUCUUCGAUGUGCGACUCCGCUGCCUCUCAACAGUGGUAGCGACCGUGUGCACAAUAACCGCCCUAUUGGGCGCCCAAUCCUGGGGCCCGGCAGCCCUGCAGGACCACUGGGCGUCGCAGCCGCGAGUGCACUACGACACUUCGGCGCCCUUCUGCGCGCUUUACGGGUUGUUCAACUUCAACCUGUACAUACUGGCGUAUCUGUUCUCUCCAGGGCCCGGCUCUGUACACGAAACCGCCAUAACCAAAGACAACCCAGCGUUCUCGAUGAUCAACGAUUCCGACGAAGAAGUCAUAUACGGCUCCGACGAAGAGAGUCGACGACCCCUGAACUCACACCACCGGAUGAACGAAGACAUAUGAUUCAAUCCAUAGACAAAGUGAAUGUAUUUUUUUCUUGUUAUAAAGUUAUAUUGAGGACUAA